CGGCCGCCAACGCCACUUCCAAUCACCACCACCACCAUCGCCUCCACCCACUCCUCCGCCUGAACCCUAGCCAUGGCGUGGCGCGGCGCUGCGUCCCGCACCGUUCUUGCCGCGGUCCGCCGCCCGGCACCCUCCGCCGCGGUCGGCGGCCUCCGCGCCCCUCCUCCCUUCGCGGCCCCGCGCCGCCGGAUCCCUUCCCCCUUCCCCCCCUCCCACUCCACCUCCCCGCUCGGGGCCGCACGGCCCCUGGCGGCCAUGAUGGGGUCGCCGCUGACGGCGGCGGUCGUGCUAGGGCGGAUGACGGCGCACCCGUCGGCCAGCGCCCGGGCCUGCUGCGAGCUCUCCCAGGGUACCCUCCUUUUCCGCCGUACUUGUCAGGAUCGCUAAUCUAAUAUAAGUUAGUGUCGUGAUCUCAUUUUCAAGAUUUUAAUCUAUUUAGGUAGAUGGUGAAUUGUGUACUUUGUUCCUAGUGUCGACUUCUGCGUUAGUUUUUGUGAUGAGUUGCCUAGCACUAUGUUGAAGGUGGUCAUUUCUCUGGGUCGUAGAUCCGACUUGUUUUCUAUCUGGAAAUGGAUGUUGCAGUGAGCCCAAGUUAAUUGGUUCUGUAACUCUAGUAGGAAUAUAAAAUGAUCAAUACCUGAAACAGCAUGAACAAAAACUGGUGCAUUUUCUGUAUAAUGGGCUAAUGUUGCAAUGGUGAAAAUCGAAGCAAUAUAAGGGGGUUAUAUGCAAUGCAUGCUUUUUUUUCUACUUCUGUAAGUAAGUGGCACCAAAAUUGAUUUAAGGAGAUUAAAAUUGGGAU